CCCAUUCGCCCCUUCCCGCAGACCCGUACACCAUGACUCAGCCGUCGGUUCCUCGAACGUGUCGUCCAUCCAAAUCUACCCGAACUGCCUACACCGCGUGCACAAGAACCUCUCAUAAGCCCUCCCUUCCCUCAACAACCUCAUUCCAUAGACCAAUUCCACCCAAAAACUCACCGAUCCACCGCCCUCCUCUCCGCUCCCCUCGCUAAAGGCGAAAUCCCACAACGCAUCGCACACGCCCGCUUGAUCCCCAUCUCCCAAAUCCCUCUCCCCUCCCAAAUCGAAAUCCAGGCUCGAUCCAGCGAUGGCGCUGGAGUGGGUGGUGCUGGGCUACGCGGCGGGCGCGGAGGCGAUCAUGCUGCUGCUGCUGACGCUCCCCGGCCUCGACGGGUUGCGCCGGGGCAUGAUCUCGGUAGUGCGGAGCGCGCUGAGGCCGAUGAUGUCGGUGGUGCCCUUCUGCCUGUUCCUGCUCAUGGACAUCUACUGGAAGUACGAGACGCAGCCCACCUGCGACGACGAGCACUCCUGCACCCCCUCUGAGCACCUCCGCCAUCAGAAGUCCAUCAUGAAGUCGCAGCGCAACGCGCUCCUCAUCGCCGCCGCGCUGCUGCUCUACUGGAUCCUCUUCUCCGUCACCCACCUCGUCGUCAGGCUCGACCAGCUGCAGCAGCGCGUCGACAAGCUCAAGAAGAGGGACGACUGAUCUGUUCUGGUGUCGCAUCCAUUGCGUCGCAUCCCGUCCAGUGGUCUCUUUUUUCUUCUCCUUAUCUGUUUAUGUUCCGAGAGGGCACAGGCUAUCAUGCAUUCAUGCUUGCUAUCGGCUCCUGGUUUUCUUUUUGUAAUUUGAAUGCUUGAGAUUUCGAUCGAAACUUGAGAGCUGGUGGUAGUAUCUGGUUCAGAUCUAAUCCGCGUAAUUCUCUACUUUAUGAUAUUAAAAUUAGAACAAUGCUCUUGGAAAGA